UCGCAAAAAAAUUGCGUUAUGGACAAUGCUACGCAGAAAAACAAAACAAACCUCACAAUAAGUAACGUCAGUGUUGAAUUUAGGUAAAUCGAAAGAGUGUUUGUUUGUUAUUGUCGUGGGAGCCAAGUGAAAUUGGCCAAAGCUGUGUGACCGGGGCGGGCGACGGGCGCGAUGUGGGAACAGCAGGGCGCCGGCAGUAGCCGCGCGGGCGCCAGCAAGGCGGGCGCCAGCAAGGCGGGCGACGCGGCGCGCCAGCACGACGCGCUGUUCCACGACCUCAUGCAGGAGUGCCGCCACAGCGCGCCCGGCGCCAGGCUCUCCGCCAAGUUGCGCACGGCGCUCGAGCGUAUGAGCCCGGAGGAGCGUCGCGCGCUUUGCUCGCGCAAGCUGGACGGGUGCGCGCCGCUGUUCGUGGCGUGCCGGCGCGGGAACGUGGAGAUCGUGGAGUACCUGGUGCACGUCUGCGCCGCCGAGCUGGAGCAGCGCGGCGUGUACGAGGUGGCCGACGACCGGUCCGUGCACUCGGUGACGCCGCUGUGGGCCGCCGCCGUGGCCGGCCGCCUCGACGUCCUGCGCGUGCUGGCCGACGCGGGCGCCGACCUGGACGCCGGCUCCGACUCGGGCUCCACGCCCGUGCGCUCGGCCUGCUUCAUGACGCACCUGGACGUGGUGCGCUUCCUGGUGGCGCGCGGCGCCGACAUCCACCGGCCCAACCACAACGGCGGCACGUGCCUCAUCAACAGCGUGCAGUCCGUGCGCCUGUGCGCCUUCCUGCUGGAGCACGGCGCCGCCGUCAACGCUCGCGACACCCAGCUCAAGACCGUGCUGCACUACGCCAUCCAGGAGCACCGCGUGGAGACGGCGCGCCUUCUGCUGGACCACGGCGCCGACCCGCUGCUGGCGUCGCGCGCCGGCGACGACGCGCUGCGCACGGCCUGCCUCAAGGGCGCGGCGCAGAUCGUGAGCCUGCUGGCGAGCCGCGUGCGCUACUCGGCGGCGCGCAUGGCGGACGCCUACGAGCUGCUGGGCAGCACGCAGCUGGACGAGUUCAACGACGUGACGGCGGCGCUGGCGGCGUGGCGGCGCGCCACGGCCAUCCGGCACGGCGGCGGCGCCUACAUCCCCAAGCGGCCCGUGCGGGCGCCGGCGGCGGCGCUGGGCGGCGCGCGCGAGUGGCGCUCGUCGGCCGAGCUGGACGCGGCCGCCACCGACAUGGACGCGCUGCGCACGCAGUCGCUGCUGGUCGUGGCGCGCGUGCUGGGCCCCGACCACAAGGACACCGUCUUCCGCCUCAUGUACCGCGGCGCCUCCUACGCCGACGCCUUCCGCUACCAGCGCUGCAUCGACCUCUGGACCUGGGCGCUGCAGCUGCGCAUCGAGAAGGACUCGCUGCUGUCGUCAGACACGUGCCACACGGCGUGCGCGCUGACGCGGCUGAUGCUGGACGCGGCGGGCGGGCGCCUGGAGCGCGCGCGCGGCCUGCCGCACUUCGGCGACGUGCUGCGCGUGUUCCGGCUGCUGGCGGACGAGCUGCCGGCCUGCCGCCGCCUGCUGGGCGCGCGCCCCGUGUGCCGCGCGCAGGCCGACACCUUCGACCGCGCGCUGCGCUGCGCCGCGCACGGCGUGUUCCUGCUGCAGGCGCGCGCCGCGUCGCCGGCCGAGCGGCGCGCGGCGCGGGCGGCCGUGCGCGGCCUGCUGGCGGCCGACGUGCGCUCGGCGGCCACGGGCGACACGCUGCUGCACCUGUGCGUGUCGCGCCUCAACGUGGUGCGCUCCACGUACUUCGCGGACGAGCCGGACGCGGCCGCCGUGUUCCCGCACGCCGGCGUGGUGCGCCUGCUGCUGGCGUGCGGCGCGGACGUGCGCGUGCGCAACGAGGCGCGCUCGACGCCGCUGCACGUGGCCGCCAUCCCGUACAACUUCAGCAGCGAGCUGGUGCACGUGUUGCUGGCGGGCGGGGCGCACCUGGACCAGCCCAACAAGUUCGGCGACUCGCCCGCCGACCUGGUCGCGCUCAACCGCAGCUCGCGCGUGUGCGUGCUGCAGUACGUGUCGCUGGCGUGCCUGGCGGCGCGCGCCCUGCUGCGCUCGCGCCGCCCGCUGCCGCCCGGCGCGCUGCCCGCCACGCUCAUGGACUUCCUGGACCUGCACCGCGCCUAGCGCCCGCCUCUACUGUGAUCCGAAUAAUUUAGAGUGAUAGAACUAUAAAGCUUGGUAUCGACACGUACGAGACUUUUAUUUUCCUCCGUCAGUUCAUCGUGUACAGAACCACGGCGAUGUUUAGCGCGGCCAGCAGAGCGAGCGGCGCGGCAGCGGGCCCGGGCGAGGCGGCGCCGGCGCGGCCGAUGUUGCGGCGGUGCUUGUCGACGACGUAGAUGCGGCCGCCCAUGCCGGCGUGCGUGAAGGACUGGUAGUAGACGCGGUCGGGCCACGAGGAGUUGGGCGCCACCAGCAGGUCGGCGGGGGGCUCGGCCGCGCACUGCCACUGCAGCGUGCGGUUGAAGGCGCGGAACGUGGCGAAGUCGUCGUCGCGGCGCCGGUCCGCGCCCGCCGGGUGCCGCGCCACGCACAGCGGGCCCGCUGCAACACACGCAAUGUAGCCUCCGCCGGGCCAGGCCGCUACAGUUUAGCCCCCGCCGGGCCAGGCCGGGGCAUACAGGGGCCGCUACGUACCGGCGGUGGGGGCGAGCCGGCCGCGGCGCGUGUAGUGCACGCCGGCCAAGACGCGCGCCUGGCGCUGCGCGGGCUCGCUGAGCCGCUCGAGGCCGCCGAGGGGCUCCGCCGUCACUAUGAGCGGGUGGUACUCCGUCGCUGAGUGCGGGUCGUUCCCGCCGUACACCUGCGAGCAUUGCAUCUCCACUAUACACCCGCAGUGACGUGGCGAGUUUGGAUGUAAAGAGGAACGUACCUUAAAGACAUACUGCAGGCCUCGGCGCAGCUGCAGGUCGGGCGCUAGCUGGCCGUUGACGUACCAGGCGAGGGGCGGCGAGUGGCGCAGGGGCCGGCCCGCCAGCCCCCGCGCGCCCCCGGCGGGCCCCAGCCGGAACGUGAACACGCGCAGCGCGGGAUCGAACAGCUCGGCCACCUCCCACGCCGGCGGCGCCGAGCGGGACUCACUGCACCCACAUUGCAGUAUAUUACAAAGUACUCACUUCGAAAUAACUUUAGCAAUUUGGCGAUGUGGCCAUACAAGGUUGGUGAUUAGUCAGCGGGUGUUGUGAGGGUAGUACUGACACGGUGAAGGGUACGCAGUCGUUGUCGGGCGGGUCCUGCGCCAGUCGCAGGGCGACGUCGUGGCGCGGGUACAGGCGGUGGAAGGCGGGCUCCCUGGCGGCGUCCAGGCGGCCCAGCGCCCACACCACGUACACGGGCCGGUCCAGCGGCCAGUCGCGGUCCAUGGGCUCGGCCGCGGCCAGCGAGCGCCGGUAGGAGAUGAUGGUGAGGCCGUCCUCGCGGCGCGCGCUGAACACCUGGUUGGAGUCCAGGCCGCCCAGCAGCGCGUCGGCGCAGACGCCGCGCCAGGCGCCCAGCACCUGCACGCAGGGCGCCGCCGCCGACACGUUGUAGUCGGCCGCCAGCCCGCGCUGCUGCGCCGCGUCGUACUGCAGCACGGCCACGUCGGCGCCCAGCAUGCGCGACGCGUCCGCGCUGCCCGACACGCCGAAGGCGGCGUACUCGUCCUCGUCCAUGCGCGCCGCCACCUCGAGCGUGAUCUGGCUGCCGAAGACCUCCCAGGACACCUGCAGGUCGCGGUGCAGCUGGCGGCAGUGCGGCAGUCGCGCGGCGUAGGGCGCGGCGCGGCGCGGCGCGGGCGGCACGUUGGGCGCGUCGGGCAGCAGCACGGCGGCCAGCGCGCGGCCCGCGCCGCGGUCCCACAGCGCCAGCCAGGCCACGUCCCAGGCGCGCCGCGCGCCCAGCGCCAGCCGCACGUCCUCGCCCGCGUAGCGCCGCAGCGGCUCCAGGCUGCAACACGCGCUCUGUACGUCCGCCCGCGCCUACCUACUCACCUACUACGUGCUACUCACUAGCCGUAUUCGUCGGGUAUCGGCGUGCCUUUGGAGGAGGGCUGCGGCCCCACCCCCACCCAGAAGUACACCUCCUCGCCGCUGCCGUCGUACCGCAGCUCCGGGAUCCUGCAGGGGUUGGAUUACUUUAGAUCUCCCAGAGAGCGACGAGACACGUAACAAGGAGGCGCGGAGUGAGCGUACAGUAUGGUGCUGGCGUCCAGCAGGCGCACUGGCUUGCUGGAGACGGCGGGCGAGCCAGUGAGGGGCCCGAUGACGCGCUCGGCCGGGGCCUCGAACUCGUCCGGCACGUACACGUCCCCGAAGGCGUUCUGACUGCCGAUGUCGUACACUGCGAACCACUUGAUGCGGGAGAUGCGCUUGCCCUCGGGCACGGCGAGCCUCACCUCUGCAUUGUAGUAACGUUCCAGAAUAUUUGUCCUGCAAACGCGAGUACAUUGACAACUACAGGAACAAGUACUAAGACAUUUUUACUCAGUAUACACGGCUUUUCACUCACUUUUCAGCCAAAAUUUACGAAAACAUCGGAAGCAAUUUUAACUAUUGUUUGAAGUCACAUGCAUAUCUAGUUCCUAAGAAUGAUAGCCAAAGUAACUUUUUUCCAUACUUAUAAGGUUUUAUUUUCAUUAUACAUGUACAUGGUAUUUAUGUAAUGGUAUGUUUUUUAGCUUUAUCAACUUUUUAUUUUACAAAUUGAGGGGGAGGGGAAUACAUUUAUCCACUUUGGAAGUUUCUCUUCUUUUGCUAUUAAGCUAAAAAAAAUAUUACAC